AUCAUGUAUUUAUUUGUAUAGACAUAGCAAUUAUUUACUUGGAAUUCAGACAAACCAGUGCAGAUUUUCCAUUGAAAUUGUUCAAAUUGUUUGCAGAUUAGUACCAAGAUUAACUUAGUUAAUAUACUCAUCUAAUCAUCAAACGAUCUGCUGUUUUUAUAUGAUUAUAAGCUUGUAGUUCAAUUCUAUUGAAUUGGGUCAAUUUUUUCUAUUUUAAUUAUUACCUUUUUCAUUUUCAAUUUGAAGCCCUUUUAGUUUGGUACUAAUCUCUUUCCCAUAAAUGGAGAUUUUAAACAGAUUCAUGCUUAUAUAGUUGUAGAUUUUUUUAAAAAAAAAUUUUCCUUUUAUAUAUUUUAUUUUGAGAUUUUUUGAAUUGCCAGGUACUGGUAUGUGUAAUUCUUUUAUUUUUUAAAUUGAAGAAUUAUUUACACACUGCAUCCAAAUAACAUGUUGAAAUCUUGUGAGUAUGUAAUGGUCUAAUAUAGUAUGGAAGCCGCUAUUCCCAUUUCACUUUUUUCUAAACACACUCACUUAUUUGCUCCAAAUAAAUUAAUACCCUUGGAAUUUUGAUUUUUUCAGGGAGUUUAUUUUGCAUGAAAGGGUAUUAAUGAUUUUUUCAGGGUGUUUAUUUUGUAUGAAAGGGUAUUAAUGUAACUAUGUAUAAUAAAUGACAAAGAAGGAAGUGUAUUUGGGGCAAAGUGGGGUGAGAAUAGCGGCUCUCUGUAGUAAUCGGUUUAUUCUAAAGACUUGAUAUACUUAGGCUUUGUUUGGAUCAUGACAGGGGUAGGAAUUUGGAAAGAGAAGGGGAAAAGUAUGUGAAAUGUGGAUGAAAUAUGUAUUUGGAUCAUCGAUUUGGAAAGGAAAAAGGGCAUCAGAACCGAUCAAUGCGAAUGAAUUCCAGGAACUGGCAAGGCGAGCUCUUCCGAAGAUGUACUUUGACUUCUACAAUGGGGGAGCUGAGGACCAACACACGCUAAGAGAGAACAUGGAAGCGUUCCGUAGAAUCACUUUUCGGCCAAGAGUUCUUGUAGAUGUGAGCAGAAUAGAUAUGUCAACCACUAUAUUGGGUUACCCAACUUCGGCACCAAUCAUGAUUGCUCCAACUGGAACGCAUAAGUUGGCUCAUCCUGAAGGAGAGGUUGCAACAGCCAGAGCAGCUGCUGCAUGUAACACCAUCAUGGCAAUGUCCUUUGCGGCUGACUGCACCGUGGAGGAGGUUGCUUCCAGUUGCAAUGCCAUUCGCUUUUUUCAAACAUAUGUAUGUAAAAGAAGGGAUGUAACAGCUGUGUUAGUGCAAAGAGCCGAAAGAAAUGGGUUCAAGGCUAUUAUGCUUACUGUUGAUACUCCUAGGCUUGGUCGAAGGGAAGAAGACAUUAAGAACAAAAUGAUUGCGCCUCAGCCGAAGAACUUAGAAGGUCUCUUGUCAACUGAAGCAGUUUUGGAUAACGGCUCAAAGUUUGCAGCUUUUGUAGCAGAGACGCUUAAUCCUUCUCUUGUUGAAGCAAUAAAAGCUAUGGAAGUAGGGGUUGCUGGGAUUGUUGACUCUAAUCACGGAGCUCGCCAACUGGAUUAUUCUCCAGCCACUAUCACUGUUCUGGAAGAGGUGGUUCGUGCUGUAGGAGGAAAAAUUCCUGUUCUCAUUGAUGGAGGAGUGAGGCAUGGUACAGAUAUUUUCAAGGCAUUAGCUCUUGGUGCACAAGCUGUUAUGAUUGGAAGGCCAGUCCUCUAUGGAUUAGCAGCAAAGUCAUUUAUACUGCUGAAGAUUGGAAGGCCAGUCCUCUAUGGAUUAGCAGCAAAGGGUGAAAAUGGGGUGCGACGAGUCAUUGAAAUGCUGAAGGAUGAGUUGGAGCCCACCAUGGCCCUAUCUGGCUGCCUUACCGUGAAGGAUAUCACCAGAAGUCAUGUGAGGACAGAGUACGACAGAUUCAACUGUAGGCUUUAGUUUAGAUAAAGUUCUAAGUUGUUGUCGUUGUUGAUGUUAUUUAUCUUAGAUAUGCUCAUACUGAUAACUAAGACCCCUAGUUCUGUGAUGAUUGGCCCUUUAAAUACAUUUUAGCUUGUGGAUUGUAUUGUCAAGUUCUAUAUAUUACAAGAACCAAACAUGUAAUGCUGUGCAUAUGGAAUUUCCUCUCUUCCCAACUGGUUAUCAGACAAGAGGCUCUUGGGAGAGAAAUUUUGAGUUGGUGAGAAAAUCAUAAAUGUAUGUAUCACUUGACAGAA